AUGGCCAUGAAGGGCAUCAGCCUCGGCCUCCACCGCAUCUCGAGGGCUCUCGAGGGCGCACCCCAGAAGUGGGAUGCCAUCCACGUCGCCGGUACCAAUGGAAAGGGCUCGACUUGCACCUACCUGUCGGCUCUAUGCAAAUCCUUCGGUAUUUCAAACGGCCUCUUUACCUCGCCUUACCUCGUUGAGCCCCGCGACGCCAUCAAGAUCAAUGGUGCGCCCGUACAGCAGGAUGUCUACAACGACGUGAGACACAAGAUUCUGGACGACGAACAAGCACGGCUGGCCCAGGACUCUUCGCAAGAGCAACUUUCCAUUUUUGAAGUGACGACUCUCAUUGCCUUUGGCGUUUUCACGCACGCCGAUGUGCAAAUGGGCAUCGUCGAGGUCGGCCUCGGCGGACGACUCGACUCGACCAACGUCCUCAAGCGCAAAAAGGUUACCGUCAUCACAAAGAUCGGUCUCGAUCACCAGGCCUUUCUCGGCAACACGUUGCCAGAGAUCGCAAAGGAGAAGGCCGGCAUCAUGAUGUCUGGCGUGCCCUGCGUCGUCGACGGCAGCAAUCCGCCCGAAGUCCUCGAGGUCUUCCGGAAGCAUGCCGAAAGCGUGUCCGCGCCGUUGCACCUCACCACCAACCAGACCGGUCUGCUGGAAACGCUCUACCGGUCUGAGCUAAUGCCGCACCAAGCCCAGAACAUGGCUUGCGCCAUUACGGCUUUCCAGCUUGCGUAUCCCGACUUGAAACUUUCGGCCGAGCAAGCCCUGCCAAUCUUGAAGGACGUCAGUCAUCUAGGCCGAUUAUCGUGGCUGGACGUGAGCAAGAAGCACCCCGCACGUCAGGGCAAGCCUGUUCUUAUUGAUGGUGCACACAAUCCGCAGUCUGCGGAAACGCUCUCCACAUAUGUCGAGCGGCGUCUGCGAGUUGCGAAUAAGCCUGUGACUUGGAUAGUGUCGGUAUCUAAGCAGGACGGAAAGGACGCUGGUGGUAUGCUCCGAACCCUGUUGAGGCCCGGUGACAGUGUCGCUUGUGUGCCAUUUUCCCAUCGGGAGACGAUGCCCUGGGUUGAGCCUCUGCCUCCAGCUGCCCUACGUGACAUGGCAUCCGAGGCUGGUGCAAAGAAGUUGUACCUGGGUGACGAGAGCCUCGACGCUGCGAUGAAGUGGGCUGUCGACAAUGUCGACAAUGGUCCUAUUGUGGUCACUGGCAGUUUAUAUCUCGUUGGAGAUGCCGCCCCAACUCAUCUCAUCGUUGUCUGCUGCCACGGCAUCUGGACCGGCGGCCCCACCAACGGCCGAGACGAAUCGGAGUGGCUCAUUGCCGAUUUCCAAGCCGGCGAGACGCCGACCUUCAUCGAGCACAUCAAGGCCGGUCUCACCGCGCUCCGGGAUGAUCCCGCCACGGCGCUCAUAUUCUCCGGAGGCCCAACCCGCAAAGAGACGACCCUUGCGGAAUCACAGAGCUACGCCAACCUCGCCUCCGCAAACGCCUACUUUGACAUCUUCCCCGCACAUAACGACGACUUCACAUCCCGCAUCCACAACGACACCCAGGCCCUCGACUCCUACCACAACGUCCUCCACUCUCUCCUCCUCUUCUGGCGCACCUAUCCCGCCGCCCCCUGGCCCGCGAAGCUCACCGUGGUCAGCCACGCCUUCAAGAAGCCCCGCAUCGUCGACGGCCACUGCGCCGCCAUCGGGUUCCCCCUCGACCGCGUGGCGUACCUCGGCAUCGACCCGCCGGGCAUGCAAGCCGCGCUCGCCACCUCCUCCUCGGCUGAUGGCGGUGGGGUCCAAAAGCAAGGGGCCGUCGCAGGCGUACAGCACGCCGUGGACGAAUGGACAAAAGACCCGCACGGUGUCGGGCCCAGCCUGUCGCGCAAACGCCGCGCCCGCAACCCGUGGAAUCUACGUGACAGACUCUUCGCAAGCGAGGAAGAGAGGAGCAGAAGCGGUGUCGUGACUAGGAUAAUAGACGACCACGAGGCCCUCGCGGAGGACGCCAAGAGGCCGUGGGCAUGA